GAGAAAUCUUUUAAUCAUUCGGAGUAGUAUAGCAGGGCGAAAGAAUGGGCGUACCAACGUUCCACCCCGUCGACAAAUCAUAAAGGAUCGGGAGAGAUUUUUCGACAGGAAAUAUCAGGCGAAUGCGGCGCAUCUCGCGCAACACGCAACGUGUCAAAGUCUCCCGGGUGAGCUUUUCAUCAUCCAGAGGAAUCAUCCCUCGCCGCCGCCACUGUUCAUCAUCGUCAUCACUCGCACGUAACUUCUCGGGAAACGCGCAACACAUGAAGCUUAUCGCGCGUUGUUAUUAGUGGCGGACGACGACAGUCGAGUCGGCGGCUCUCACUCGCUCGUGUCUGGAGGUCGAGCCGAAUUUACAUCAUCCCCGAAAAAUCAGGAUCUUUCUUCGGGACCGCCGUCGAAAUCCAUUCCGCGGAGAUGCCCACAUUAAUGCAAUCGACGGAUAUUUCUCUGGUGAGCGACGAAAGCGACGAAACGGACGUUGAAUUUGAUCGAGAGCCAUCAUCGAUGCAUCAUCAGGAUCCGUUGCACCAUCAGGAUGCGACGCAGAAUCGCGAACGUAGCAAGCUGCUGCUGCGUAAACUGAGUCACCGCGAGCGGGAACGCGGCAAGGAACGCGAACAGGAACGCGAGAGAUUGCCAUUGCAGUCCAUCAACAAUUUAUUAAUCGAUCUACCACCGCCGCCGUCACCUACGCAUCUUCCGAAUUUCUCGCAGGAUGCCUCCUCCUCUUCCCAAUCCGACAAGAACGUCAGCAUAGACGGCGACAGUGCAAUUUCGGAUAUGUUUGGACUGGGUUUGCCCAGAGGAUCGCUGAUGGGAAACCAACUGACGGUUGGCUCUUCGAGUUACCGUAAUUAUCAAUUUGGCAAUUACGAUCAAACCCAGGGAUCUUCUUCUCAACAACACGAGUGCCAUCGAAAUCACGGCUUUUGCUCGAAUUCCUCUGGCCUGGAUAUUCCGAGCUCGCCGAAUUCAGUGGCCACUCCCGGCAGCCCUAGCACACCCGGCAGCUUUAUGUCGGAUCUUUACAGCUAUUCGUCCACUGCCAGUAAUAGUACAAACACGCCGUCUUCACCAACCAGCCGACCGUCGUUUCAAUAUCCUUGCUCUUCGUCGUCGCACUCGUCGCCCAUCGAUUCGUCAUACUUUGGCCGCCCUAUACGAGGUUGCUCUCCGUACAGUGAUUGCGGCAGCCCGACAUUAGAAUUCCCUCAUUUUUUGGGAUGUAACGGCUCGCGUUCCAACUCACCAGCAGACUCGGAGACAAGCGGAAUUGGUAGCGCGGAUGGUUCCUUAUCCGACAUAAUAAUGAAUUGUUUAUCGCUGAAUUCCUCAUCGAAUUCUUGCUUCCCGCCAUCCUUGGACUCUAUAAUAUCGAAGACAAACGCGUGCCCUAACAAUAGAACGGCGUUCGAGCGUAUGGAUAAAAAAUACUUGUCAUCGUUGCAACAGAAUCCGAACUCGCAUUAUUACCAGCAUCAUCACGGAAUCGGGCAAAAUCGUAGCAAUUUUCUCAAUUCUCUCUUAAAUCAUGAAAAGAAUUGCUGUACCAAUCUUGGAAGCACCACGCGUAGAUUAGCUCAACCAGUGUCACUCGAUCGAGUAGCAAGAUCCCACCGAAAUGCUGCUGCACAUUGUUAUCCUACGUGCACAUGGAGUGGCUUUUUGCCACAAAGUACUGAGGAACCACUUGCUUAUUCGCCUAAAGUAUUUCUGGGAGGUGUACCAUGGGAUGUUACGGAAGCCAUUCUAAUUUCGACGUUCAAACAAUUUGGACCGGUUCGCGUUGAAUGGCCGACAAAGGCACCGUCCGCUCAACCGAAAGGAUAUGCAUACGUUAUAUUCGAAUCGGAGAAACAGGUCAGAGCAAUGUUGUCUUGCUGUACCCAUGAUAUUACUAAUGGAAAGAGAUGGUAUUAUAAAAUUAUAUCCAAGCGUUCAAAGCCAAAAGAUGUACAAGUGAUUCCAUGGAUUCUCGAGAAUAGCAAUUAUGUCAAAUCUUCAUCGCAAAGACUCGAUGCGCAUAAAACGGUAUUUGUUGGUGCACUGCACGGAAUGCUAACAGCCGCAGGAUUAGCAAAAGUCAUGGAUGACCUUUUUCAUGGAGUCAUUUACGCGGGUAUUGAUACCGAUAAGCAUAAAUAUCCGAUAGGUUCCGGCCGUGUUACAUUCAGUACGAAACAAUCGUACUUUAAAGCAAUCACUGCGUCAUUCAUAGAAAUUAAGACUGACAAAUUUACGAAAAAGGUACAAGUGGACCCGUACAUCGAAGAAUCGAUAUGCUCCGGAUGCGCUGUACAACAAGGACAUUACUUUUGUCGUGAUGUGGCAUGUUUCCGGUACUUUUGCCGCAGCUGCUGGCAGUGGCAACAUUCCGUAGAUUCAAUGUCGCAUCAUACACCCUUGACGAGGAACUCAAAAACUAAUCAAGUAAUAGGGUUAAAUCUGAACUUCGGAAUGAACAACUAACAUAUACAUACGUCCUUCGUAUAUCAGAAAUACGACGACGUGAUCUGAAGGAAGCGACCAAGUUUUUGUACACUUGCGGUCACAGUUUAGUACAUUCGCUUUACGUUCGCUUUGCACCCGUCGUCUUCCUCUCUUUUUUGUUCCUUUUUGACUCUUUCGGUUAACCGACGUUGCGCCGCCUGAUUUAGAACAUUGGGUAACAGGGUGCAGACUUAGUUUUUAUCGCGGAGCCGUCUAGGACAGCUAGGACUAGUCCGAUGAUACGGGGACAUGCGCCGAUUCAUACCGCUGAUUGAGCUUGCGGAAACGCGCAACGAUUGGUUUAUUAUCGUUACUACCGUGCGUGCGAAAAGACAAGAUAAAUAUGGAAAAAUCGUGUUUGUCAAAAAAAGUUCCUAUUGCGAACGCAGUUUUUACUACGUUCGAGCGCAAACGAUGUACUUUUAUUUAGUAUAUUUAUUUAGAGAGACAGGUUCUCUUAUCGAUUUUUUUUUACCGCGAAAUAAUACUUAAUAAUCAUAUGCCGAGUACAGUAGGUGCUAGAUACAUAGCCAUAAUUGCGCAUUAGGAAUACGUACAGUAUACAUACACACGUGUAUACAUGUACGUACACAUAACAGACAUAUUAGCUAGCGCAUACACAUUUUUCGUUAAAGUCGUGAGAGUCGAAUUCUGGCUUUUGCAGUGACAAUAAUUUUUUACGCGAGACGAUAGGGCUCCGUUAUGGUAAUUUUGAGCUGGGCUCAAUGAAACAUGUAAAAUUCUCAGGAAAUCUAUAAUAGUAUAUCGUCAUCAUGCGUUUAUCGUGUUAAAGUAUUACGCUUAAUAAUUGAAUAUGAAUUGUUAAUCGAUAAUGUUAAAAAGAUUAUUCUAAAGUGGCGAAAGUAAUUAUCCAAUAAUUAUUUGUCAUUAUUACAUUGCGCGCGUGAUAUAUAUAUUCGAUAUUAAUGUGAUAUAACGGGAGACUUUUUCGGAUGUAUAUUACAUAACUCGCUGAUCGUUCUUCCAUUACGAUACUUGUCAAUGACGUUAAACAUUGUUAAUUUUACGUUAGAUCACAAUGUAUCUCUAUGCUCUCGAUUGCGAUAGUAAACGUAUGUUGCGCUUACUGAAGCACAAUCGACUGGAUUUUUGUAUUAGCCGAAGCGAGCGGCUGUCACAGAUAUUUCGCUCACAUGGACUGUUUAACGGUUGACGAAAUGGAGAAGUUCAUGGUCUACGAUUCUGGCGCGGAUUGUAGGGAAAUGAUUUAGUUUUCUUUUUUUUUCUUUUUUUUCUUACUAUGUAUAAUUAUGUUACAGCUCUCUUCUUUAAAUGCAGUUCAUCCUUUACUCGCGUUUCUCCCGUUUUGAUACAAUUUUGUUGAAUUAAAGGCCAUAUUUUUGCAGAUA